AUGGCGGCCACAACACCCCCAAAGAGCGAUGUUGAGAAAGCAGCGACGACCGCACGGGAGUCUGGAUGUGACGACAAAGAGGCUGAGGAGAAUCAGACAAGCUCCCAAGGAGACCAAGAUGAGCUACUGGUGGACUGGGACGGGCCUGAUGAUCCCCAAAAUCCGCUUAAUUGGAGCAUGUUCUGGAAAUGGGCGGUUGCAUUGUUAACCUCGUUCGGGGGCCUUGUCACUCUGAUGAGUGGUGCGAUGCUUGCUCCAGCCCUGGAUUCCAUCGGAAAGGACCUCAAUACUAGCCCCGACACCACCAACAUGUGUCUUUCCAUCUUCGUGCUGGCCUUUGCAUUUGGUCCCAUGGUUUUGGCCCCUAUGACUGAAAUAUUUGGCCGCCGCCAUGUAUGGAUAGUUUGUUCAGCAUGGUAUGUCAUAUGGAACGGUGUUUGUGGCUUUGCAACCUCCCAGGGUUUGAUGCUGUCCGCAAGGCUUCUGGCAGGGUUGGGAGCAAGUGCAGAGUUUGCUGUGUCGAAUCCAGUUCUAGGCGAUACCUGGAGACCAGAGGAGCGGGGAAGGUCCUUUGCUAUUGCAACAUUUAUCCCUCUCCUUGGGCCCGCCAUAGGUCCAAUUUUGGGGGGUGUGAUCACUAAUUCGGUCGGCUGGAGGUGGUUGUUCUGGGUUUUAUCAAUAUUUGAUGCAAUUCUUACAAUAUCUGCUAUCUGGCUUUUUCCGGAGUGCUACGAACAACUUUUACUUCAUCGAAAAGCAAUCAAGUUACGCAAAGAAACGGGACGAGCAUACCAUACCCGAUGGGACAUCCACAGCCAGCCUCUCACCCAAAAACUGAAGCGCAGUGUGGUUAGGCCAGUUUGGAUGUUGGUUACACAGCCGAUUAUUCAACUGGUCAGCCUUUUCCUUGCUUACAAUUUUGGCACGCUGUACUUCGUUUUGACGAGCUUUGCCUCUAUCUGGAUAACUCAAUACCACCAGUCCGUUUCCGCUUCCGGGCUGCACUACAUUGCUCUCGUGAUCGGCUCAACCAUUGGUGCCCAGCUUGGGGCAGCGCUCACAGAUCGGCUAUGGGCCUAUUUGAAAAAACGAGCAGGGGGAGAAACUGCGCCAGAGUAUCGGAUUCCCUUGAUGAUUCCUGGUUCUAUUGUCAUCCCUAUCAGCUUAUUCUGGUUUGGGUGGACGGCAGAAACUAUGCAGAAAUGGAUUGUAGUUGACAUUGCUGCUGCAGUGUUUAAUUUCGGGAUCAUCAUGAGCACACACUCACAACAGCAGUAUGUUAUGGAGGCAUAUCGGGGUUAUAUGGCAUCGGCUACGGCGGCAAGCCAGUUUUUACGAAGCAUUUUUGCAUUUGCAUUUCCACUGUUCGCACCAGCGCUUUUCGCUCGACUAGGAUACGGAUGGGGACAUAGUGUUUUGGCAUUCGUUUUUCUGGGGCUAGGUCUUCCUUCCCCGUUUAUUUUGUGGAAGUUCGGUGCAAAAUUACGCGCAAAGGUUGCACAGCAGUAA